AUAAAAUGUUAUCUUAUUAAUUUUUUGUCAAGGGUCUAUAAGUAGAUCUUAAAGCAUAAUGCGUUGUUCCAGAGCAGUUUCUUGCCAGCAUGAAUACUAAUACUUUACAGUUAUCUGACCUCGAAGUGAUAAAGAACUGGUGUCCUUUCCAAUGAUAAUUUUAACACAUAUCUGAAGGAAGCUAGCUGAACCUGAUAGCCUCUGAAAGUCUCUAACAGAAAAAAUUGAAUAUACAGUGUCAAAUAAAAAUGGAAGCCAUCAUGAGUCACCGUUAGAAUAUAAGCUAAUAAUUUAUUAAAAUAACAACGUCCACUUUUUAGAACAAAAAAACUGGAGUUGAGUGUUCUGCCUCAUCAUUUUAAAUCAUGCCUGUCUAGAGUAAGAUCCUUGUUCAGUGCAACACAUCUAACACUGGUAAAUGGCAGGUUAACCAAAAGAGUUAAGGGGGGCAAUGAUAAAACGUGGCUUUGUUACCCAAACUCAGGCCCAGGUGCCUGCCGCUCAAGCAGCCCUGUUCACACUUUGAUUUUUAGCCCCGGAAGACCCAUUUGCAUACUUCUGACCUCCAAAACUAUAAAAUAAUAAAACUAUGUUGGGUUAAGCUAGGUUUGUGAUAGCUUUACACCAGCAAUAGGAAGCUCUAGAUAGGAACAGAAAUAUGUAGCAAGUGGAAACCAUACGUGUGCGUGCGCGCAUGUGCAUGUGUAUACACACACACUUAGAAAACUGCUGUUUUUAUCGAUCUGUAGCAAUACUGUAAAUUAAUGCACUUGCUUUAAAUUCAGAUUCUCUGGCCACCCUUCCCAAUCCAAUCGCAGACUCUUAGCCUAUCUUUUACAGAAAGUGUGGUUUUGCCACCAUUAUUUAGAUGACAAGUGCUUUGAAAUAAAUAUAACAGAGUGCUGUGUUGGGAGUGAGUGGGUGUCUGGGGAAGACUUCUUUGAGAAGGUGUCAUGUGAGCAGGUCUGAAGCUGAGGAGGGAGCUGGCAGAGGGUUUCAGGUGGAAGGGAUGCCCAGGAGUGAGUCCUGACCUGAGGGUUCACCUGGGCUGAUAAAGAGUGAAUGGGGCGCUGUGAGCAAAAGACCAACAGCUGCAGAUGAAGAGAUGGUACGUGAACAAUACACCACGACCACAGAAGGCACCCACAUAGAGCGGCCAGAGAACCAGUCUGUCUACAAAAUCGGCAUCUAUGGCUGGAGAAAGCGUUGCCUCUACUUAUUUGUUCUUCUUUUGCUCAUCAUCCUCCUUGUGAAUCUUGCUCUUACAAUUUGGAUUCUUAAAGUGAUGUGGUUUUCCCCAACAGGGAUGGGUCACCUGCAUGUUACAGAAGAUGGACUUCGCCUGGAGGGGGAAUCGGAGUUUUUAUUCCCACUGUAUGCCAAAGAAAUACACUCCAGAGUGGACUCAUCUCUGCUUCUGCAGUCCACACAGAAUGUGACUGUAAAUGCACGCAACCCGGAAGGAGAAGUUACAGGCAGGUUAAAAGUGGGUCCCAAAAUGGUAGAGGUCCAGAGUCAGCAGUUUCAGAUCAACUCCAAGGACAGCAAGCCACUGUUUACUGUUGAUGAAAAGGCAGUUGUGGUUGGUACAGAUAAACUUCGAGUAACUGGGCCUGAAGGGGCUCUCUUUGAACAUUCAGUGGAGACGCCCCUCAUAAAACCGGACCCAGUCCAGGACCUUAGACUAGAAUCCCCGACACGGAGUCUCAGCAUGGACGCCCCGAAAGGCGUUCAUAUUCAAGCUGCUGCAGGGAAAAUCGAGGCCCUUUCCCAGAUGGACAUCGUUCUUCACAGCAGUGAUGGGACACAGCUUGUGCUCGACGCUGAAACCAUGUGUUUACCCAAGUUGGCUCAGGGGACUCAGGGUCCCGCAAGCAGCUUGCAGGGACUCUACGAAAUCUGUGCGUGUCCAGAUGGGAAGCUUUACCUGUCUGUGGCCGGCGUGGGUACCACAUGCCACGAGAACAGUCACAUCUGCCUCUAAACCAGGGGCGUCUUCCACGGAGCUACCUGCCUCGUUUCGGUGAGCUUCGGAGUGCUGACCUCAAGCCUUCACACCUGGAGCAACUCGACAAAGUAAAGCUGAGUUGGCACAUGGGAAGGAAGUAGGACCUGCUUUCGAAAGGAGCUCAGAAAGAAAAAUGUACCAGUGCAAGUGUUCCCAUGAAACUCCAUGAUCCCAAAGUGGCGGCUGGACCUUAGACACAAAAGUCAAAGGACUAUCAGGAGAAUGUGUUGAUUCCACUAGACUGAUUCAUUUCCAUCAGAACCAUUGUGACUUUCCCUUUCUUGUAUGCGUCGAUCUACAGUGAAAUAUUGAACUGCUGUGUGGAAUAUCAGCUGUGGGUAUCUGACUCCCCAUGAGAGUAGCCGUGGUCCUGCUGAGGUGCCGCGAGAGUUCCAUGAGGUUUUCCUCUGUAAAACCUGUAAGUGCUCUCUUCAUUUUAAUGCAACAUGUGUCAGGUUUCACAAGAAAAUCUUCAAGUUUUGAAGGGACGUUAAGGCUGAUUUGAUUUUCAAUGUGUAGUCAGAGGAAUAAAUUAUACAAAACCAUG